AUGGAAGAGCCGCCGGAGGGGCACGGCCACCGAGACGCGGCGCCCGGCCCGGCGAGCAGCGGCAGCGGCAGCGAUGGCGAGAGCGUCCCCGUGUCCCCCAGCCCCGCGCCCGCCUCCCCCGCUGCGCCCUGCCCCCUGCCCCUGCCCCGCCGCCGCCACCCGCCGCCCCCGCCGCCGCCCCCGCCGCCGCCACCCCACCGCACCACCAACUUUUUCAUCGACAACAUCCUGAGGCCGGACUUCGGCUGCAAGAAGGAGCCACCCGCGCCGGCCGGCGGCGGCGGAGGAGGCAGCCGGGAGCGGGACGGAGACCGGGGGCAGAGCUCAGGUAGAGAAAACGUCAACCCGCUGCUGGCCCGGCCGCCCAAUCCGCCCUCCCUCCUCUGCCCGGACUCGAACUGCCGUCCCGACGGCUCCGCGCCGCCGCCGCCGCCCGUCGCCGCCGCCGCCGCCAAAGGCAGCCCCGCCGCGGCGGUAGCGGCGGCGUCGGGGGCGGCCAAGUCCCCCGCCGACGGGGGCGAGACUCACCCGGCGAAGUACGGGGAGCACGGCAGCCCCGCCAUCCUCCUCAUGGGCUCUAAUAAUGGAGGACCUGUUAUAAAGCCCGACUCGCAACAGCCGCUGGUGUGGCCUGCCUGGGUCUACUGCACUAGGUAUUCAGACAGACCGUCCUCGGGCCCCCGCACCAGGAAGCUGAAGAAGAAGAAGACAGAGAAGGAGGACAAGCGGCCAAGGACGGCGUUCACGGCCGAGCAGCUGCAGCGGCUGAAGGCGGAGUUCCAGGCGAACCGGUACAUCACGGAGCAGCGGCGGCAGAGCCUGGCCCAGGAGCUCAGCCUCAACGAGUCCCAGAUCAAGAUCUGGUUCCAGAAUAAACGAGCCAAGAUCAAGAAGGCGACGGGCAUCAAGAACGGGCUGGCGCUGCACCUCAUGGCCCAGGGACUCUACAACCACUCCACCACCACCGUGCAGGACAAAGAGGAGAGCGAGUGAGGAGAGCGGUGAGGAUCCUGGCUCUGCACCGCGGCACCGGCCGGGGAGUGGACAGGUGCUAUUUAAAAACAGAUCUAUUGUCUAUCCAUAGUAUAAGGACUCUGAUUAAGGAAAAAAAAAAUAUGAACACUUAAAAAAAAAAAUCUCUAUAUAGCCAAACAGCAUAUGACCUUGUAUAUAUUUAAUUUCAGGUAAGAAAUAUGUGUAGCGCUCUCUAUUUGCUGGACAGUUUCUCCUCUUCUCUCUCCCCCUAUCUUUUGUUCGUUUGUUUGUUUUG